CACUUGCCAACAGCCUUCUUCAAGGGAAGGCUCCUAGGGUUGUGGCUAGAGCCUUGCUUUGGGCCGUCCGCACUAGCCAGUCUCAGGGACUGGGUGGAGCUCUUGCGGGAGAGGCUAGAAGGGCGCCUCGGAAUUGACAGCUGUGUGCAGGAAGUCGGUGCUUUGUCUUCUUCCCCAGGGCCGGAGGACGAGGCAGCGCUGCAGCCGAGCCUGCUCAAAUGAUGCCAAGGACAGGAGUUGGUAGACAGCCCCCUCUCUCCAGAAAGGAUCAGGGCGCGGGUGGAGGCUUUGGAGGCUCCUAGGCCAGGCCCGGGCCCAGUGUUCUCUCAAGGAAAACGUGCAGAGCCUGCCUACUGACCGCCGCCUCAAAGUUCCUCGGACCGCCGGGCGACGCGGUUCUCCCACGGGAGGCCGCAUCUUCUUUGUAAUUCGAGCAGGCCCUGGCGGGCCGGUUGCUGUGGUAACGCUGCUUUUCCCGACUCUAUCAGAUCAACCAUUGGCUUGCCCUCUAAUAAAGUCAGCUGAAAGUGACUGCUCAAGUUUCUUCAAGAUGCCUGCAGCACUUGUGGAGAACAGCCAGGUUAUCUGUGAAGUCUGGGCCAGCAAUCUAGAAGAAGAGAUGAGGAAGAUCCGAGAAAUUGUGCUCAGCUAUAGUUAUAUUGCCAUGGACACAGAAUUUCCAGGUGUUGUGGUGCGACCAAUUGGUGAAUUUCGUAGUUCCAUAGAUUACCAGUAUCAGCUUUUACGGUGCAAUGUUGACCUUCUAAAAAUUAUCCAGCUGGGCCUUACAUUCACAAAUGAAAAGGGAGAAUAUCCUUCUGGAAUCAACACUUGGCAGUUCAACUUCAAAUUUAAUCUUACAGAGGACAUGUACUCCCAGGAUUCCAUAGAUCUCCUUGCUAACUCAGGACUACAAUUUCAGAAGCACGAGGAGGAGGGGAUUGACACAUUGCACUUUGCAGAGCUGCUUAUGACAUCAGGGGUGGUUCUCUGUGACAACGUCAAAUGGCUUUCAUUUCAUAGUGGCUAUGAUUUUGGCUACAUGGUAAAGUUACUUACGGAUUCUCGUUUGCCAGAAGAGGAACAUGAAUUCUUUCAUAUUCUGAACCUUUUUUUCCCAUCUAUUUAUGAUGUGAAAUACUUGAUGAAGAGUUGCAAAAAUCUUAAGGGAGGUCUUCAGGAAGUUGCCGAUCAAUUGGACUUGCAGAGAAUUGGAAGGCAGCAUCAGGCAGGCUCAGACUCGCUGCUGACGGGAAUGGCAUUCUUCAGGAUGAAAGAGUUGUUUUUUGAGGACAGUAUUGAUGAUGCCAAGUACUGUGGGCGGCUCUAUGGCCUAGGCACGGGAGUGGCCCAAAAGCAGAAUGAGGAUGUGGACUCUGCCCAGGAGAAGAUGAGCAUCUUGGCCAUCAUCAACAACAUGCAGCAGUGAUGGCGGCGAGGCUCUGGAGGGUGGGCCUGAUCCCAGAGUGGUGCUUAUGUGCUGACUGUUUGUGUGUACUUAUCUUCCUCCCCAAGAGAAAACGCUUCUUUUGAGCAAACCGUACCUACUAUCUGCGUUGACAGAAAGACUUCUGUUGCAUUGAAGACAAAAGACGUCUUUAUUUUAGAUCCAGAAGAGGGGUUUGCUCUGAAUUUGUAAACAAGUCUUCCCUAUUCCUCAUCCCCAAGCCUCUCCAAUUGCUUCCUGCCACCAGCAUCCAUGGCUCAUUUGACACCUUUUUAAAUAUCCGGGACAAGUCAGAGACGAACUAGUAAAAUAUAUAUAAUUCUCAUCUGUGUCAUUAUUUUUCUUUUAAAUCUGUUGCUCAUCUCUGAGGAUGAAGACUUCUUGAUGUGAUUCUCAGCUGAGCUGAGGGCUUCCAGGGAAAGUGGAACGACGUGGCGUUCUUGUGAAGUGGGAUAUAGAUGUCUUUUCCUUCCUUUCCUUUUUAAAAAUCUUUUUUGACCCUUCUCAAGGACAUUUGCUUUCUUUACGCUUUGUUAGUCUUUCGUUGUGUACUAUUAUGUGGAAAUGAAUUACUCAGUGCUGACAUUUUGAAGACGAGAUAAUGAAAACUUUUAUUAAAAACAAAAUUCUUCUGAAUCUGUCUACCCUUUAUUCAUGAGGAACUCCAGAACGGGUGUUAAGUUAACCACUUACGCGUCUUUAAGUCUCUGUUCCGUUGUGCCACUGAGAUUUGCUGUCACAUGUUUAUCAUUUGAAAUCAUUUUAAAUUUUAAUAAAAUAUGCUGGAUUUGUUCCUGAAGGAAAUAAGAUCAGAAUUUUGGACCAUAAGUCUUCAUAUUUUCAGUAAUGUGAUUUCAGAUGGUCAUGUGUAUUCCCCCAUGUCUCUUUGUUCUCCCUGCCUUUCCUUUCAGCAAACCUGAGAAGUUAGGGAGAUGGAUUAUGUGAGUACCAGCAGUGUGUUUAAAAAGUUAUAGUGGUACAUGUAAACAGGGCAGUAAGGAAUUUGGUUAGAGUUUUCUUGGAAUAAUAUCCCACAACGGGUGUAGGAAGCUCAGGACUGUGAUUUUUUUUUUUUUAAACUGGUCAUUUAAAAAAUGCAUUGUUUUUUGAAUGACUACAGUAUGGCCAAUUUAGAAAAACCAAAAACCCCUUUGAAAUGGUGGAAAUAAAAACUGGUAACUCACUGAAGUGGAUGAAUAGUCUUGCAUUUUAAAAGCUUAUGAAAAACUCAAUUUCAGAUGAUUCAAAAUGUCAAGUAUUAUAAGCUGGUAUUUAAGAUGCUUGUAAAUAUUAUUUAUGUUUUUAAUUUUGUAAAAUAAAGAUUUCUUUUUAACCACUGG